GGCGCCAGUCCCACGCGCUCAGUCCGCUGAGAUGCGCUCGCCGAGACGGUUGGGGCACGUGCCCCUGACACUGUUGCUGCUUUCGCUGCCGCUGCCGUUGCUCGCCGCGGAGAAAGACGGCCCAGAGCUGUGGGAGUCGGGCGACGUCGGCGGCGCGAUGCACGUGGACGGCGACGCGGCCUCGUUCGAGCGUGUGGAGCUGCGCUGCGGCGCGGACGCGAUGCACGUGCGCGUGGCGACGGCGCGCGACUUCCGCGGCGUGCUGUACACGCGCGGCUCCUUCCACGAGCGCCGGCCCCCCUGUUUCCUGGACGCCGACGGCGGCACCCGCUUCUCCAUGCAGCUGCCGCUCGACGCCUGCAACGCGCUCAACGAGGGCGACGUGCGGUACCGCAACGUGGUGGUGCUGCAGCACGACGACGAGUUCGUGGCUCCCGGGGACGCCGCCUUCACGCUGGAGUGCGACUUCAGCCAGCCCCGGUCGGUAGCCGUCGCCGCAGACCUCAGCCCCGACAGCGGCAGCUCCGCAGACGGGAAACCCGUGCAAGUGAGCUCACGGAUCAGUCUGGUGGACCCAGAUCCCGCGUCUGACAGCCACAGGCAGCGCCGUGCUGAUGUUGACAGUGACUCUGAUGCUGUGUCGCUCACACCUGACGAUGUGCUGCGCCGACGCCGACGAAACGCCUCCAGUAAGGAUGAGCUCUGACCCUGGGCCAAAACACUCAGAUCCCUUGGGCAGACUCCAUUCCCUUUUAAUGAGGUGUGGUGGGCUUCUGACUGAAAGACAACAAUUAACUCUCGCAGGGCAUUUGGUGUGCAGCUAUCAAACACAUAAUGCAGAGAUCAACAUCAUUAAAAACAGAAUAUUUACAUACAAGCAGGCAAUUUGUAAUCAAAGAUGUUAAAUUGUUUCUACUUCCUAUAAAUCAGUAACUAAAUACACCUCAAGGACUGAGUCACAUGACUCAGUAAUGAGAGGAUUCAUUCGUUUCUUCAUAUCAGUGUUAAGGAUCAAUAGUCCUUCAUGUUUGCAUGUUCAGUCUCUGUAAAUUUCUUGCAGAAAGUCAUUUUCCUGCUUAGCCUGCAGUUUUAUUUUUGAAAUGAAGAAUUUAUUUUGUUAUGCAGAAAUUACCUAUUUUCUCCCCCCUUGGGCACUAUCAACCUACACCAGAAUAAAAACUGUUAUGCUUACAACAAAUUGUAUUCGACAUUUAAGUAUGUGGAGAAAGAGCAAUAUGUGAUAGAGUUCAUAAUAAGAGCUAUGCACAACCAUAGUAUGUGUGGGUACAAUCAUCACAGAUAAUAAGACCGUAAGUAAGUAAAAUGAAAAAAGUGCAACCAUUAAGUAGGUUUUGUCACUCUGUGAGCAUAAAUAACACAUAAAAAUAAGUUAGCACAACUAUGAUGAUACACUUGUGAUACUACAUUGGUCGAAACAUAUCCUAUUUUAUUUUAACUCUGCUGCUUAGGGGUUUAUGGAGUCUCAACAUCUAAGGCCAUCUGUCUCCUGUCCAUCACAGAAUCAGUGUACCCAUCUGUCUGCAUCUAGAGUAAAUGCUGUGUGCAAGUGUCAUAAAGUUUUUGAAAUGUGAAGUGGGAUGCAGGUACCAGUCUGUAUUCACCUAGUGGGUUGUGGGAAACCACCCAGAAGCCAUAUCCAGGCUGACUGGCACACUAGCCCUCAUCAUUAAUCUGUGAGCAGAUUCGAACCAUGGUCGUCACACUUUCCUGUGUCCUAGAAGUGGUCACUUUAACAUACUGCUAUCUAGGCUGGUUAUUUAAUUUUAAGAUGUUGAUCGUUUUAUGUGUGUCUUCACUCUAAUAUUUACACUUAUGUAUCUUAAUAUGUUUAUAUAUUCUGUUCAACGAGCAAACCCACAUUAGGGUUUUCCUUUUAACAAUGUACAUAUAGACUUCACACGUAGGACAGUUGUGCCCAUACUUAUAGUCGUGUUAAACUGCUACUAGGGGGCAGUCACCUGUUGCUUGUCUGCCAUAUUCAUUUUUUCAUCAUCUCGUCAGUAGCAAACCUAUAAGCAGAACUAUUUUGUAGCUUGGUAAUGCACAAGGGGAUGAAAUUAGCAGUUCUCAGGCACUGAAAUUUUAUUUGAAAAUAAAAUGCUACGUAUCAAAAUGAUUGCCUUUAAUAAACGUUAUUAAGGAACAAGUAAUUUCACUUAUUGCUUUUUUGUUGUGACCACUUCAGUAGAACUUCUAACCUUAUGUCAGAUCUGUAUAAAAAAUCUGAAAUACCAUAGUUGAAGCUUGAUCUUCAUAUGUCUUCCAUUUUAAACUAUAAACAUUGAUCAGAAUAGUUAUUAUUAUGAUUACAAUGAAGAGUAAGGCCUUCCCUAUAAAAAUAUAGGGAAAAUUAAAUAAUUAAAAAAUCAUGAAAUUAUAUCUCAAUAGCUCCAUAAACUGUAUUAGUUUCGUUUCUAUGCAGAUUGUAAGUAGUCACUUUGAGCUAAAGAAAAAGUGGAAGUGACUCUCUGUGCCAUCAUCAAAACACUCAUUUCAUUUUUCCCACAAAAGUUUUCUUACAUUUCAUCGUGCAGCAGUGUGAGACAGAAACCGGCAGCAUAGAUUUAUUGCAUAUGGCAACUGUCUGCAUCACAUAUUUCCAUUGUGUUAUUCAUUGUAAAACAUGACUAUCAUGAGUGAGAAUUCUGCAGGAAACAUAAAUUAACAAGGUUAUAUGAAAAAUCUCUGUUGUAAGUACUUCCUUAUUUUGAAAUGACAAAUGAUCAUUGACCCACUUAUUAUUAACAAGUCAAGUGCUUAGCUUUGAUUAUUAGCAUUGAAGGCCAACUGCAUAUGCGAGUAUUAACAAAGGGAAAGUAGCCAUGUAAUAAGUAUUGCAAAACAUUACUUUACUGGCUCAUACUUAAAUUUAGUCACAUUGACAGAAAUUGUUUGUACUUAGGGUGAGACACAAUAGUAAAUAUAAAUACCUAAAGUAAAUGCAAUGGUUUUCAAAAGAGUCUAUACUCAUUUCACAUUUCAAAUUAAUAAUCCUGCCUAUUAUGAAACAGCCAUACUCAUUUUUGGAAUGUAAUUCUUCAAUUACAGAGCAGUGAGAGUUUUAACGCAUCACUUAAAAUGGACAUGUUAGAAUACAUCUGCAGUACAUAAACUGUAAAUACUGUUUCACCUUCAAAAGAAUUACCAAAGGAAAUUAUUGAGGAGUUGAUCCUUGUAAUUUGUUGUUUUCUUGCCUCAGUUGCUAUUACUAGAAAUACCACACUCAUUUAAAGUUAUCUAAGAAACAAAUAGUUAAUUUUAUCAUUUCUGAGUCUCUUACUUGUUGAAAAUUAAAUUUUCACAGAUAUAACAUAGUGUAAUGUGCACGAAAUACUUUUUUACAAGGAUUUCAUACACCUCCACAAAAGAAUAAACAUGAAACUGUUUUUUUCUACCUUAUGUUUAACAAUCUAUUGAGUGGGCUUUAGAUGUAAUGCUUCUCUGGGUUACAAUAGCUGUUUAUGAGGAGUUGGUAUUUUGUUUAAGGUACCAUUUCAAUAUUUAGAUGAUCUACAAAAACCGGGAUAUCUAAUCAGAUUGCUCAAAAGCAUUUACAGUAAAAAACUGAUGUUAACUGCCUCAUACUUCAUGAUUGCAAAGCUCUAGAAAAUAGUUUCAACAAUCAAAGUUGCACACAAUCAAACUGUUAUGACUAUUAAAGUGAAAUUUAAUGUAGUAUUUAUGCUAAUACAUGUGCAGAGUUCUGCAUAUAAUCCUUGGUAGCACUAAAAGAGAUAAGAAACAGUUGCUUAGUUCUUAGGUACCAUCAUAAUAAAGAUUUGUCACUGUUCACUAUGAUUGCAAUACUGUCACUGUUUUCAGUGCUGUCUCCAUAACACAUUGUUAACCAAAAACAAUCAGGUAAUAUUUUCCUUAUAUUGAUGAUACAUAAAGACUCUAGGAAAAUGA